AAAGAGACAACUCCAGUCCAGGUGAGCUGGCCGAGAUAUUGAAUUUGACAAAAAUUAUGCAGCUAUAUGAUUGGAGACAGGAGGAUGGCUCAUGCGAACAGAUUUUCUCAAAUUCCCAUGUCUAAGUGCAUGCGAGAUCUUUGUAAGGAGGAAGACUACACUUUUUUAAACAGUCUUGGGAAGCAGGAUACGAGUCUGGAGAACACAUGUCAGGAGAGCGAGUGUCAGGAAAAGCAAGAAGAUAGGAUCCGCCGUCGACUGGAGAGAGGGCGGCUGGAACAAGAAAAGCAACGUGAGAUAGAGGAACGGCAGAAGGAGAAAGAAGAGCAGUGGAAAAGUCAUGUGGCCGAGCUGACUGUCCAACGCAAGACCAUCCGUGCAAAACUAGACCGGCUACGGGAAUUUAGGGACUUUCAGAAGCAAGUUGUGCUUCAGGAUUUGGGUCUAGAUCCAGAUUCUGCAAACGAGACCGUCAAGCACCUUCUGAUGAGACUGUAACUGUGUUUACUAUUAAAUGGUAAAACUCCAAUCCAUUCAAAUACUUAAACUGCUAACUAUAUGAUAUAUUACAUGAGUGUAGUGGUCGGGUAACUUCUUAAGAUGUGUUAAGACUGUUUAAUUUUAGACUUAAGCAGUAAAUCAUGCAACUUAAGAAAUCAUAUCUCGACAUCUUAAAGACACUAACCGAAUGAGUUAUGGCUAAUUUGCAGAUGAGUAUAAAUGGACAAUAAAUCGCAUGACUCUGCGGUGAGGAGGGAGACCUGAAGCAAAGACAAACAGAGGAGCUCAGAUUCAAAAGAGAACAAGAACCAAUUAAUUCCCAUGUCUUUUAUGCAUCGAGUCUUUUAUGCAUCUUUGGGGAUCUCCACAAAAGGUGGUGAUGGAGAUAGAUGAGAAUAGAGAAUGCAUAAAGAAAGGAUGGAAGAGAAAGAAACAGGUGGUUCCAGUGGUACAGGUCUUGCAUUGAGGGAGAGCAGGAUCAUGUUACUACAUGUCUGACCCCUGAGGGCAAGAAAAUGCUACAGUCUCUAGUGUCACACAUCUUCAAAUCCCAGAAUCCCUCUCUGCACGCUGCAGCUCUACAUCACCUCCAUGUGCUCUGUUGUGUUUAUUUCAUGACAGCCGCACUGAGUAGUGUAACUGGGCUGUACAGCUUUGAUUUAUUAUACAGCCUUAAUGUGCACUGCAGGACACAUUUCAAUGAAAUGCUACUUUACGGCACGCUAGAGUCUUACCCAAAACAAACAAAUAGUUCUAGGCAAUUCAUCCCACCAUACUGAAGCAUUCCAUCUUAAAUGAAACUGUAAUUUUCCCUGCCAGCUUUAUCACCCUUCCACCCCUCUAGACUCCAUUUAGCACAUUAAACGUAUCUAGCAAUUUUGGGUCAUUCAAAACUCAUUUUAGUUCUUUGCUCAUUUUGAGUGUUUCUAGGCCAUGGCCCUUGAUUCUCAUAACUCUACAAUGUGGUCAAAGCAGAGCACUAGUGCUAUGUUCAGAAUAGCAUACUAACAUUCCAUAGGGUGUGUAUACUGUGCGCAUUUUGUUAGUUUUCAGUUUGCAUGAAAUACCUGCAGAUACAUUUCCAAAAAGUGAAAGUGCAUUAAUGUAUUGCAUUGUGGGAAUGAACUGGAACAAUAUUUAGCCCUUUUCACACUGUCCAAAUUACCGGUAAAUUACCGUAAAGAGAUCAUGGCUGAACCUUUUCAACUGUCAUCUGUUCUGGCAAUUUCCCAGUAUGAGAGGUUGCAACAUUAACAGUAAAUUACCAGUAAGGACCUGCUGACCUAAGAAGUUUGCUUUGAGCUAGUCAUAACUAUUAUGCGACUCGUAUUUUUUUUCAUUCAAAUGCAGAGCAAAACUGCAUUCUGUGUGAUCAUCCCAUCACAUCUGUCACUCAGAAGUAACUAAUAAAAUAAAAAAGGACCUAAAAACUAAAACUAUUCUCCUUAUUCAAGUGGAUGAAGAUUUCCUAUUUAAAUGUAAUUUCCGACGAGUUUACCGGUAAUUUGGUUGUGGCACUGAUAUGUGAAUGGUAUCUUACCGGGAAAAAUAUGCCAAGUUGCUUGUGUGAAUAGUGCAUGUCUGUAUGUACCGGAAAAUUCUGGUCAUUUUAUAGUAAUUUACCAGGGUUGCUGUGUUCCUAUGUAAUAAAAACUUAUAUAGAACCCAUAUGGAUCACAUUCAACAUAAUCAAUCAGUUUAUGUGACAACAACGUUCUACCAGAAAGACUCGGGCAAUAAAAUGAUGUAACAAAGCAUCCAUUUAUUGGCAGCCCAGCAGGCAAGUAUUUGCAAAGUUCUUUGGCGUAGGCCCCGUCCAUAGAUCGUAAUCCGAGGGUAGCGGAUCAGCAUUUCCUGCCUGAAUACGAAGGCAGGGGUGCAGCCGACCCCCUAGGGAAGUAUAGACAGGACCAUCCUGGUGGUGGUGGGGAGGGUGGAGGUUGUUGUCGCGUCGGCAUCUGCAAACUCAAACGUGUAAGUACCGAUCUUUUAUACGACAAGAAUAAGAAUGUGAUUGGAUAGUUAAGUCUUCCUGGCAGAACUUAUGCUAAAGCUUUCAUUUCCACUGUUUAUAGUUGCAUUUU